AUGGCUCUCUUACCCGCUGAAGGCGAUGUGAGGGCUGUGGAUGACUUGGCUGGAGUGGUCCGACUUUUACGACUACCUGGCACGUUGUGGGACGCUUUCACCGAGCAGGUUGGCAACCCGGGUGGUGACAUCAGAGUGCUCGCCGCACUUCCUGCACAUGUUGUAGUACAUGGCAUUGGCCAGGCGCAGUUAGCAGGGCAAGGGUUGUCAGCAGUGGAGGCCGCACAUGUGGGGCUGGUGUGGCGAGUUGCAAGAUUCCAUGUGUUUCUCAGCAAGGGUGGCGCAGCUGAGAACUAUGUGGACGUGGACCCAUGGGAGCCGGACAAGAAAUCCCCUGGACAAGGUGCAGUAACAUCUCAGGUCACUAAGGGCUCCGGACUGAAGGAGAAAGUGCUGAAGAUGGCGAACUUGGUGGACCAGACGGACGAUUCAGAAUUGAUGCCCCCGGACGUCCAGACGGUGCACAUGUGGAGUCAAAGAUACCUCCAGUUGAUGGGGGACAUGCCGAAUGAGGAAGAGGAACCUACCGAUGCGCAAAUGGCAGCUCUGGACAAGAGGGUCAACCAAAUGGGCCAAGCUCCAUACGUGGACAUGGGAGUGUGGCUGCCUUUUGGGAGGAGGGCCCUGAAGAAUCAGAAGCUACGUUCCUUUUUCCCGGUGGGAGAUGGGACAUACGUGGCAAGAGAUUUUCCGGGGCCUCAGAACUUUCUUCAAUGGCAAGCUUCGUGGAAGGUUUUUCGAGUGGCUGCAAUCAGUUUGGAUAUAUGCUCACUAGCAUCACUCAUGACCUAUGAGAAGGUGAUCGAACGCUUGACAGUGCAGUGGCCGAAGAAUUGGAGCCUGAUCGCACAUGCAGACGACAAGGCAAGAGCCGAACGUUUGGAGCGGGUGAGACGCACUUUGGUGAUGGACAUGAACGAUGGGAAGCCAGUGCCAUCAGAUUUCAAGGUGGACAAGCCCUGGUCAGUGUGCUUUAGGCUUCUUGCCCAAGAUGAAGGUUUUUGGAGUGAACAGGUGCGACACCCAGCAACGUCGUGGUUGGCAGCAGGUGGACGUGGAGUUCCGAUGGCAUCAGCAGAGGCUCUGGCUUCAGCUCAUUUUCCCGGACUUUCUGAAGGGCAUGAAUUGGAUGCGACUGGAUCCAAUGACAAAGAUGAUCGACGUAGACAGGCAAACAGGGACAAGAGGUUGGCAAAGAGAAAACGCAUGCAAGCGGACAGAGAAGAGCUAUCGACCAGUGGCAAAGGCUCGAAUUCAGGGGCCAAAGGGAAAAGCAAAGGAGCUGGUCGAGAUCAGUCUGGGGAGGAGAUAUGCUUCUCCUGGGCGAAGGACAGUGGACCUUGCGCCGGACUGAGCCCGGGUAGCGACUGCAAGUCGAAGGUGAAGAGGAUUCACAAAUGGGCGCUUCAUGGCGUCGAUGCGGUGGUGCCCAAGCGCAUUGCAGAGUGCUUGGAAGAGGCCAAGGACUUCGGGCAGUACAAGUUGGCUCGAAAAUUCAAGUUCUUGCACAUGUUCUCAGGGCCUGUGGACGUUUUGGCACAGGCACUGAAAGCGGAAUGUGACAAGGAGGGCAUCACGUGCAUAGUGGAGUCGUAUGACAAGUUGGUGGAUGACAGUCAUGACAUGAUGUUGGAUCAACCUUUUGAAACCAUCCUGCACAAGGCCAAGAACCAGGAGUACGACGGAGGACAUGCAGGUUUUCCUUGUGGCAGCUUUUCAAGGGCAAGACUCAAUGCUAAGGGCGAGGGACCCGGGCCUGUACGUUCGGGAAGUGAGAUUUAUGGCCUGGCGACCAAUAACCGUCGUCAACAAGCUGAAGCAGAUAGGGGCACUGUGCUGGCGGUGAGAUCGGCGCUGGUCAUAGCGGAGAUCAUCACAGAUCAGCGCAAGAGGGCGGUGCCUACGGUGGGAACCUUGGAAAACCCGCCAGGGUCAGAGACAAAGGAAGAGGGACCAGCAUGGGAGUUGCCUGAAUUGCAGGAGUUCAUCAACAAGCUCAAGGCGACCACGGCCCUUUACAACACGUGUGCUUACCAGGACAAGGAGAAGGAGCGCUGGUUCAAGCCAGGCAGAUUCACCGGAUGCUUGGCAGAUCUGGACACAAUGUCAAAGAAGUGUUCGUGUCCAAGUUGGGUCAAACACCAGGCAUUGAUUGGGAAAGGCCUCACAGCAAAGGCAGCCGAGUAUCCAAGCGGCUUGGUGAAGGCUUAUGCGGUGUUGGUUGCAAGAGCUUUCAAGACCACGCUGCAGAUGGAAUGGUGGAGGCAUCAAUUGAAGGUCAAAAAGGAGGAGGUGACGACGGCACAGAAGAAGUGGAUCGAGAGCAAGAUGAAGAAGCAGUUGCCGCCGGCAUCGCUUGGAGAUUUAUCGUCAUCAAAGAGAGCUUGGAUGGCGGAGAAUGUGGAUGAGAACACGGGUCCAACAGAAGGCCCGUCGAAACGGAGGAGAAAAGAAGGGGAAAACGCUCACUUCAUAGGUGGGAUGCGCAAUCCAGCCAAGGCGGUGGCAAGGCUGCACAAAGUAUGUGAAGCUGGACGAGACGUCAGGCGCCUGUGGUCUCGAUUUGCGAAGGACCACCCAAAGGCCUUGGAGACGGCGAACAACUACGGCAGUGAGAACUGUGAGUUGGAUGACGAAACCUUGAAGGCAUGGACACGAGAGAUCGAGCACUUUCUGAAGGCCAAGGAAUUUGACGAUGUGGUGCUCAGAGGAUCAGACAGGUUCAGAUCCCCGCUCAACGCGAAGCUUUGGGAAGGAUGGCGCAAGUGCUCAGGAGACCCAGAAAGAGAUCUGGUGCAAUGGAUCAGAUCAGGAGCUCCUUUGGGCAUGGCUGAGGAGAUACCAUACUGUGGCAUUUUCCCAAUGACAGAUGAAGAGCUGCCGGAUGUGGAGGAAAUGCCAGACAUCGAAGCUCAGUUGGGAGUGGAAAACUACAAGAGCUUCAAGGAGGAGCCAGAGCACGCCUUGCACGAAAUUGAGCGCUACCUCAAGAAGGGCUUUUGCGUGGAAAUGGACGAGAACGAGUUGAAGCAGCAGUUCACGACAGGGACCAUUUCCAAGCUGGCGCUCAUCAUCAAAGAAAAAGAGGAUGGAUCAAUCAAAAGGAGAGUCAUCAUUGACUUGCUGCGGAGUGGAGGCAACAGCAGGUGCAAAAUUAGGGAGAGAAUAGUUUUGCCGAGGGUGCAGGACGUGGUGGACAGCCUGAAGUACCUUCGAGAACAAAGAUUCGGGCUCAUGCUGAAGGCGCAAAGAGAGGAGUGGCCGGAUCAGGAGCAAUGCCAGGACAUCGAGCUGGUGUCGGCCGACUUGGCGGACGCAUACUGUCAUUUGGCGGUGGCAGAAAAGGAGUUGGGCAAUUGUGCAACACCCAGCAUGUCACCUGGCAAGUAUCUCGUGUUCACGGCCAUGCUUUUUGGUUUUCGAGGGGCACCUUUGAUCAUGGGCAGGUUUGCGGCGACUUUGGCACGAAUGCUACAGGCGCUGAUUCCAGCCGACGAGAUGCAGUCGCAGCUUUACAUGGAUGACCCCUUGUGGAUGUUGCAGGGACCGAAGUGGAGAAGGCAAGAAAACCUGGCACUGGUGCUAUACAUGUGCGGAGCACUGGGGGUGAACCUGCAGUUCAAGAAAGGUUUCAGAGGGACUGACGCGGUAUGGAUUGGAACGAGAAUGGAACUUAACCUGGCUGAAGAAGUUCUGAUCCUGUCCAUCCCGAUCAAGAUGAUGAACGAGAUCAAGAAGGUGCUGACCAGCUGGGAGAACAAGGGCAUGGUGCCAUUGCGAGAGGUGCGAGCGGUCACAGGUCGCUUGAGUUGGGUGUGUGGCAUCAUCACAAGGGCUCGAUGGUGUGUGAACAUCCUCUAUGCGGUGAUAGCGCAGACCAUGCACGAUGUGAAGGCAGAGGUCGAAAGGGCAACAAAAAGGGAUGACACCAGGCCAAAGCCACACAUGGUGGCAGUUCACAGGAUGGAGUUGCCGAGGCAGUGGUUUUUGGCGAUGUUCGACAAGCCGGACAAGUUUGCCCUGAGACGUGAACCACUUCAUGAAGUACAUCCCAGCUUCGCCCUCAUCACCGAUGCAUCACCUCAAGGGGUGGGGGCAAUUCUGGCAGACAUUGACAAGAAGAACAAGCUGCUGGUGCCACUGGAAGCCCUGGAGAUACCCGUCACGGAGGACAUCGCACGAUGGAUGGGCAUAGAGUGGAAAGCAGCUUCGGGGCAAGGGCCGCUAGAGGCGUGGGCGGUGCUGAUGGCGCUGAGAAAGUGGAAGCACAGGAUCAGAGGGUGCUCCAUUCUGAUUCGGUCAGACAGCGUGGUAGCCUUGGCCACGAUCAAGAAGAGCGCAGCCCCGUCGCCGGUCCUCAAUUGGAUAGGCGCAGAGUUGGCAUUGCGGUCAGAAGAGCUGCAAUUGGGACGCCUGAUAGGGCAACACAUCCCGGGAUCUUGGAAUCAAGAAUCGGAUUGGCUGAGCCGACCACAUGAGCGUGGCAAAAUGCCUGCUCGGUUGGAAGGCGUGCCACUUAGGCAGUUCCCAAAAUCCAGUGUCAUGACAUCGGCACUGGCCCCUCCGGGAGCGAGUCAGGCGCUUCGAUGGGGCCAGACAUCGAAAGUGGUGUCGACAGCCUUUGAUGAGCUGUGA